AUGGCAAUAUUUGCAAAGAAGAGUCUACGUCGCAGAAUCGUCGUGAUUGGGAACAGGUCUUGCGGGAAAACCUGUCUACUUUCUGUAUUUGCACUCGGAUUUUUCCCCAAGCAUCAUCCACCAUCUAUAUUUAACGACUACAUCAUCGAUUGCAAAGAGGACAAUCAAUCGGCGGAAAUUGCCCUCAAAGAAGUCAGGAUUUACAAUUUUCAACAGUCGAUACAAGUUCUUCAUCGAAUCGAAGCAGACGUCAUUUUACUUGCCUUUUCAAUCGAUGACCCAAACGCACUACAAAACAUUACAAGCAAUAUGAUCCACGAGAGAAAGUCUGGCAAUAUUGGUCCACCAUGCGUGCUUGUAGGGCUGAAAAAGGACCUGCGCACGCUGGUGGAAGUGACAGACGGGUCCCUCGACAGGACCAAAAACUUUGUCUCGAGCAAGCAAGGGGCAAUGGCAGCAGCCGAGAUUGGGGCAAGCUAUUACAUGGAAUGUUCCAGUGCGAGCGGCGAAUGCGUCCAGGACGUCUUUGCGCGCGCCGCAGAACUGGCAUUUCCUGCGCGGAAGGAGACGGAUCCCGGCAUAUUGGACAAGGUGGUGCGCCGCUUGUUGCGCCCGCUUCAGGGCUUUCGGUCGCAAUAG